GGCGCCAUUCAACUUCACGUUGCGUGUAAUAAUUUGACGGCCAGCAACGAGCUGCUUCUCAGCAAAAACUUCGCUUAAUGCAAGACUAAAACUAAUUUACAUCAUUUUCAGAGCCAUAAGCGCCUUCGGCAUGAUUUAUUUCCCAUUCCUUACCGUGUUGUCGCUUUUUGCCUCAUACAAAGGAGGGAAGCCCCCAUUACAGAUUACCUUUGCUCCAUUCCCGAGUGCUUUAACCCGACCAAACCGAACAAUGAUUAACAAUUUCCAAAGAGAAUGGCCGACUUUUCCCCAGGCUUAUCUCAGACUACCCGUGUUCGUCCACUCCAAGCUGCCACCGCUGGAAAAGCUGCACUUAUCCCCGGCCAAAGGCAGCGGCCUCGAGCCUUUACCUCGGCCUGUUCGAGAGCGCCUGCUCCCGGGGCGGCCUGGCUGGAGGCCUCCAGGCCCGUCCGCGGAUCACACCGUGAAGACGUCGUGCAAAAGGGACAAAAUGCUCGUCAGGGUCCCCAAAAGCAUCCUGAGUGGCGGGGAAAUAAAUUAUCAGCUCAAACUUGGUACAUGUCAAGCAAAAAAUUCGUCGAAGAAUUUUGUUUAUUUUCUCAAUGGACUACACCAAUGUGGUACCAAGCGACAGAUGAUUAAUGGACAGAUGAUUUAUUCAAACACACUGCAGUACAACCCAGGGAUGCGCCAAGGGCCCAUAAGAAGAACAGCGCCCUUUGUGAUUCCUGUUUCCUGUAAUUAUACCAGGUAUCAAUAUUCCUACAAAGUUGGCUACCUUCCAAAGAUGCGCAUGCGCCACAUCUUCAAAGCAAUGCGAAACAGAGCCAAUUUCAUUCUGACCCCACGGAAUGCUCAGUGGGAAAGGCUUGCUCCGUUGGAUCAGUACAUUCUUGGUGAUCCCAUGUACUUCGAGGCCGAGGGUCCAUCCAUGCCCCAAGACAUGAGGCUCUAUGUCCACUCGUGUUAUGCCACACCCAAUAAGUCGCACACCUCCACACCUCAAUUUCCGGUCGUGAAGGACUUUGGGUGCAUGAUUGAAAGCAAAUACAGUCGCUCCAGAUUCAUCCCAUACAAACACAACGUUGUCCGAUUCUCUGUGGAUGCUUUCUACUUCCAAGGGAUGACGGACCAACUCUACAUGCACUGCACCAUGUCGGCAGAAAGCAACGUUCCCACUCCGACGGCAAAGUCCUGUAACUAUGACACCAACUUGGGAAGAUGGGUGGAGCUACACGGCUGGGACUGGGUGUGUGCCUGCUGUGACUCCAGCUGUGGCUCUUCUGCUGCUGCUUUGAGUGAAGUCACCACCAGCAGCAGAGGGUGGAAAGUGCAGCCGAGAGGGCAACUCUUCAAAAACCACAAGAGGAAGCGAUUGUUCUCCUCCACCACCACAACAGCACCAACUUCCAUUGUCAAGACCAACAUAGAGCUCAUUCAAAGGAUGACUACACCGUGGCCGGCACUGAUCGUAGACGCAGAUGACACUACAGAGUUGAAGUGGCCGUUUUGGGGCAGAGGAGUGGAGCGGGUUGAGAAUGAGGUGGAGAAUCAGCAGGUGAAAGGCACGGCUGUUAUGGAGGAGGAAGCUCAUCAAGCCUUUGAAGAGCCUAAAGUGGAAGCUGUCAGAAAAUUUGAGAUGGAGAUGCUUUCCACCACCACAGCGCCGACACAAAAGACUAACACGGGGAUGACAAAGCCUGAUGUGACGGGUAAGGUGGUGGAGUGGGACUGGGACUGGGAAUGGGAGGAGGAGAUGGUGACGAAGGGUUCUGCCAUGGUGGAGGAGGUCAAAGAACCUCUCCGAACCUUUGAAGAUAUAUUUGAGUUUGACGAAUAAAGCCAAACGUCGCAACCACAGGAGUCCCUUUCUUAGCUACAAGAAACAUUUAUUAACAUGAGUAAAUGUCGCGUUGCUACAUGACGGAAUAUUCUGUACAAUUUCUUUUACAAACGUCUUUGAAGUCAAGUUUCUUUCGAUGACAAAAACGUUCCGCCAACUGUCAAACAAGUUACUUGCAGUGGAGA